AAGAUAUUAGUAUGAAGAGCCCUUGAAGAUAGACGAUAUACACCAAUUAUUUGAAGAAGAAAAGAUGAACCACACAACUUCCUCGAAAGAUAAAUUACAGAUUUUUUUCAGUAGUCUCGUGACAUUAGAAUCUUUCCUUCUUUCAUUCAUUAUAGAAAUAUUUUCAUUUUUCGAAAAAAAUUAUUAGAACACAUUAACAGUGAACAAAACACGUUCGUAGACCCUGUGAUCCCCCGCUCCUGAAGGAAUUCUUAACCCUGAGUAAACCCUCUAGAAGCUCUGUAAUGCCCACAAUGCUGUUCCAUCGUGUUUUCUCGCGUAAACCUGCUUCUGUUCUUCUAUUAUUGUCACAAAAACCUUUCUUUCCCCCAAAGUUCAUUCCUAGCACAAAUUUUUCAGUACUUCUAGCUCAAGAAAUAUCAACACACCGAAGAUUGUCUGUAGUUUCAGAGGUUCCAUCAAUUUGGUGGCUAUCCAAGCCUCUGAGCACGCUGUCCGGCGACAAAUUAGAACAAAAAGAGCACGAAAGGUCCUCGUCAACUGAAAGUGUGGACGAGAAUUCGACAAAAAAAGAGGAGAAUCCCCCUGAGGAGGCUCAGAUAAUCUUCGGAAAAAUGAAAGAAACAGGGCUGAUUCCCAACGCUGUGGCCAUGCUUGACGGCCUCUGCAAAGAUGGUCUCGUUCAGGAAGCCAUGAAACUAUUUGGUGAAAUGCGGCAGAAAGGAAGCAUACCCGAAGUAGUCGUAUACACAGCCGUGGUGGAAGGCUUUUGUAAGGCAUUGAAGCUCGACGAUGCCAAGAGGAUUUUCAAAAAAAUGCAGGACAACCGCAUCGUGCCCAAUGCUUUUAGUUACGCCGUAUUGAUUCAGGGAUUGUGCAAGGACAAAAAGCUCGACGAUGCCCUCAAAUUUACACUUGAGAUGCUCGAUAACGGUUGGAAACCUAAUGUUGCCACUUAUGUAGCUUUGAUCGAUGGGUUUUGCAAGGAGCAGAGAGUGGAGGAGGCCAAGACGGCCAUUUCUAAAUUCAAGGUCAAGGGAUUUCUCGCAGACGAGAGAGCUGUGAGGGAUUACAUGGAUAAGCAAGGACCCUUUUUCCCUGCAGUUUGGGAAGUUAUGUUUGGGAAAAAGGGGCGCCGUGAUAAAAUCUAGGGCUUCAGCCGAUUCUGCAUGGAGGAGAAACCCUAAUUCGAGGUAAGGGUACGAAUUGUCACUAUUGUAUUUGAUUUAAAUUUUUCGUCGCCCAAGUUAUGAAUCUGGCAUUUGGGUAGUGCAGAGUGAUUGCUUUGUCAUGGAAUUUAGAUGCACCUAAAGUCACCAUGUAAAAUCCCUGGUCGGAACUAUAGAUGAGAUAUUUUGGAAUUGUUUGGGUUUCGUAAGCCUGAGGCUCAGCGAUAGUUAUGUCAAUUAAGUGCUGGGAAACAGCUUUUUUUUUUC